GCCUUAGGACCUCACCUGCGACCUCCAUUCCUGGGCAUGCCCUCCGCUCUUUGCCAGGCCCCUGGUUAUGGUUUCCUUCAGCCAGCUCAGGCUGAAAUUUUUGCUCGACAGCAAGAACUUUUAAGGAAGCAGAAUCUGGCCAGACUUGAGAUAUCAGCAGAGCUGCUAAGACAGAAGGAGUUGGAGAAUCUCCAGCAGCAGCAGCAGCGUUUGCUGGGCUCUGACCCACUGGGAGCUCUGCCUCCUGGUCUGCCCCCUGACCACCCUGCCCUGCGGAGUCUCCACGACAUCCCAGAGGGACAUCCUCUCCGCGAGGAGCUAGUCCGUCGCACAAACGCAAUGCUUGUGCUUCGCCAUGGUUCUGCCACGCCCCUUUUAACCGUCAACCAGCAGCAGCAGCAACAACAACCAGUUGCAUCCUCCACACCCAAAGAUCCACAGGCACAGAGCUCCACCGCCAGGCCACAGUACAAAAAGGUUCAUUGCAGGGAACCCCAAACACCGCUACGUGUAGGGGAUUAUAGAGGAAGAAGAGACGACACAGAAAGAGAGGGAGACAUGGAGGUGCAUGAUGAGGAGAUGAAGGACUCGGACAGCGAGACAGAGAUGUGCGAAGAGAGGCGAGCACAGCCCAAAAGUAAGCCCAGAGACGGAGAGCUGAACAGGAGCAAAGAAACUGGAAACAAGAGGGGAGAGGAGAGUGCCCAGGAGGCCGGAGAGAGCUCGGGCAGACUGAGUGCACCGUGUAGUUCAACAGAUACCGAGUCACCCAGUCGGCACAUUUUCACACCUGGACUGGGCAAAGCCGAUCUCAAAUAUCACCUGCCUCCAGGGUUCAUUCCACCGCUGCACGCUCUUCACGCCCAAACGCUGCCCUUCGGAUUCCCCUACGCCAGUCCUUACUUUCAUGCCGGUGCUUUGGGAGGCCUUUUUAUGGAUGGGGAGGACUCUGCCACAUCCAACCCUGUGGAAGACAUCAGCAAGUGGAGUGUGGAGGAUGUGUGUGGCUUCAUAAGCAGCCUGGCUGGAUGUGCUGAAUAUGCACAGGUGGCGCGGCGCGUCGGCAGGCUUUUCUACAUGACAGGUUUCCCAUUGGCGUUCCCAUUUCCACCUUCUGCUAUCCUGCGCCCCCCAGAUCGGGAUCGAGACCCCCUGACCACACCUCUGUCCCUGCUUCACCGACCCACCUCCGCCAGCAAUAGCUCGUCUCCAUACAGUGGCCCCACCCCAGGGUGCUCCUCCCCCAAACAGGAAAACGGUACCAGCUCUGUGGUGGUGGGCAGAUAUGAGGCUAAAACUCCUUCGUAGGACUGCACGGGGUGGAGGGAAAGAUCUGUAUGAGGAGGGUCAAAACUGGUCUGAUCCUCAAGCUACAUUUACCAAACUCUCCAUUGAGACAUUUCAACUUCAGUUCAUGGGAAAUUCUACGACCGAAAUCAGAGACUACUGGGCAGCCUCUGCAGCGGCUGAAGACGAGCAGAAUCCAAAGAAUCUGGGUUGGAAGGGAGAAACGUAAAGUGACAGAGGAACGGAGAGAGGGAGGGAAAUGGAGACAGCUGGUCACAGACAGCCUGCCAAGAAAAAGAAGCAGAGCCUCGCCACAAAUGCGACAUUUUUGAAAAUCAGACAGACGCUAGCGGAAACUCUUCCUUCCUUCCUGAGCAGAAGGAAGCUCUCAGUCACUUUCUUUCUCUUGUAUCCAUCUUACCUCAAGCCCUGCAGAGGCCAGGAAGAAAAUGUCUCCCUUUUCUCUCCCUCCCUUCCUUCCUUGACUAUUUGCAGAAGCCAAACGACAGCGUGGCAUCUUUUUUUUGUAUAAAGGUUGGAGUUGAAACACGCUAAAGAGCACUGGAUUUGACCAGUUUCCUCUAUUAUCACUGCAACUAUGCAUUCCACUGUCCUGAUACCAAAGAAGAUACUGGAUGUGUGGAAUUGGAACCAUGAUUCAUAAUGUGUCUGAUAUUUUUGUGUUAAUGGUCUCAGAAAACUAAACUGGUCCAGGGAAAGACAGAGGUAGAGCCUCGUACAGUUGACUCUGUUUGGGGUGGUGUAGGUUUGAUGACAAUGCUCAAAACUAUCAUAAAAGGAGACAUUUGUCAUCGUACACUUGUGUUGACUACUGUCAGAGGUAGGAUGAACAUGCAGAAUUGUACAGAAUCGCGCUUAAGAUGAAAAUAUUCUGGUUACAUACGUGGUACUUUCACUUUUUGUUAAAUGUAGUUGCACGAAUAAGAAUUUCUUUACAGAAAAAUGUGACUUGCUGAACUUUGGUGGUACUUUUUUCCCGAAUUUUCUUAAAAAAAA